GCCGGGCCUCUGCCUAAAUCACGGCAAUAACAUCUGCGUGGUGCAGUUUCUGCGGGCAGGAGGGACCUCGGGGACACAUAAUUCUAAUACAGACCCCGUCACCCAGCGCAUAUCGGCGACCGACAGCCCUCGGCGCCGUAUAGAGGACAAGCAUUGCUCAUCUUGCAACCAGGCUUGCGAGGCGCCUCCCGAGCCACCGAUCGCGCGAAGCCGCCCGCGCCUGGCGCCGCGCGAGCCGGCAGAGCUCAGAUUUAGAAAGCGCUAUCAUGCGGGGCAAGGGCGCCCUCGUGGCGCUCCUCGCUAGCCCGUCGGCCUCGUAUACGGCGCAACAGCCGCGGCCGCGCGCGCGACGACGACCAACUCGACUAGAAGCGACGACCCUGGACGCCAAAGCUGUGAAAGGAGCGCCUCUAGAUAUUGGGGUGGAAGAACCAGCUCGAUCAAUAGACGUCUAUGCCACGCUCCCGCCCGUCGACAUCCGCUUACUGGAUGAGCAGGAGCACGAUGAUUUACCCGGACGGACCCACGUCAUCAACCUGGCCAAGGGCCCGCCCUGUCCCGAUCCGUUUGCAUUGGUGAAGUCGGAACUCAUUCCGUUCAGUGACAACAUGAAGCUGCUCGUCGCGUCGGAGAACCCGAUUCUAUCCCAAGCGGCGUCCCACUUCUUCGAGAAGCGGCACGGGAAGAGGUUUCGGCCUACUAUCGUCAUGUUAUUAGCUCAAGCCCUGCCCAAUGCCCACAAGGAUUCCAGCGAAGUAGUCUUCGAGCGCCAGACGCGGCUCGGCCAAGUCACGGAGAUGAUCCACGUCGCGUCCUUGAUUCAUGAUGAUGUCCUGGAUGAUGCGGAUACGCGGCGAGGCGGCGACGCGAUCCACAAGAUGUAUAGCAAUAAAGUAGCUGUGUUAUCCGGAGACUACUUGUUAGCGAGAGCCUCGGUCUUACUAGCCAAGUUGGGCCACAUGGACGUCGUGCAAGUGAUGGCUCGAGCUCUAGACUCCUUAGUGAGUGGCGAGAUCAUGCAGAUCAAGGCCAACGGGGCCGCUGACAAAAAGUCGAGCGAAGACAAGAACGAAAUCAGUGAACCCAUGAACGGCAAGCGGUCCUUCUUGGAUAGAGCGAAAGCAGCUUUAAAUGUCGGUCGGAGCCAGGAAGCGCUGCAGCGGGAACUCGCGGAACGCGACGCGCGCGAGAUGGAACUCUAUCUGCGCAAGUCGUACUACAAGACCGCGUCACUCAUUUGUGACGCGUCUAGAUCUUGUGCCUUGCUCGCGGGCCACGCCUCGGACAGCGAAGUGGCGGCGGCCGCGGAGGAGUACGGCUACCACUUGGGCCUCGCGUUCCAGAUCGUCGACGACGUUUUGGACUUUGCGAUGGACGACGACCAGCUCGGGAAGCCGGCCGGCGCUGAUUUGUCGCUGGGUCUGGCGACGGCUCCCAUCUUGUUCGCGGCGCAGGACCAUCCUGAACUGAGACCCUUGAUAGAACGGCGCUUCAAGGGCGACGGUGACGUCACGAUGGCCUACGAGACGGUCCGGGCGUCGACGGGCAUGGACUUAGCUCGCAAAUUAGCGGGCUUCCACGCGCAGCGCGCCGUCGACGCCAUUUGCAGGGUCGCGCCCGACUCCGAGGCGCGAGACGCGCUCAUCUCGAUCUGCUACAUCGUCCUGUCGCGGAACAAGUAGUAGAUUUAUAGGCGGGUAACGAACUAUUUCCGUAAUACGACGUCGCGGCGACAGCGUAACGGAGUAAAUAG